AUGGAUAAUAAAAUUCCAAUUCACAUGGUUCAAGUUAAUUCUGUAACUUCAAAUGGAGCUUAUAGAUCACUUAAAGAUAUUUUGUUUAUUUUAAUUCCUAAAUUAGCAUAUGGAAAAUCAUCAGUUUUACAAUUAGGAGAUAUUAUUCAUAUUAAAUUAAGUGGAGAUGGGCCACCUGGUAUUCAAAUCCUGGCUCUUGGUGAAAUAUGUAAUAAAAAAGGUUUUCAGGACAGUACACAGUGA